AUGACCAAGCCUGCCACGCCUCAAUUGAACGGCAACGCCGCAAACCCCACCCGCCGCACCGUGGCCCGUUUCUCCGACGCUGACCAGAGCCUCCCAAGCCGUUCCCGGCCUACGAAUGGCACCGCGGUGGACAUUGACAGCCAGGAAAGCUCCGACGGCGCAUCCUCCACGGAAUCAGAACAGGUGAACGGCGCGGGGAAACCAAAGCGACCCGGGAUGACUCGAAAGGCCUCAUCGCCCAUGGCGCCGGCUUUCAUGGUGUCGGCACCGGGCAAGGUGAUUGUCUUUGGUGAGCAUGCCGUGGUUUAUGGCAAGGCGGCGUUGGCGGCGGCCAUUUCCCUGCGGUCGUAUCUGCUAGUCACCACCCUCUCCAAGUCGCACCGCACCGUGACCCUGAAUUUUCGAGACAUUGGCCUUUCCCACACAUGGGACAUUGAUACCCUGCCUUGGGAUAUCUUCCAGAGCCCGUCCAAAAAGAAGUUUUAUUACGACCUCGUGACUUCGCUCGACCCGGAGCUCGUCGAGGCCAUCCAACCACACCUCCAAGGCGUGGCUAAGGGCCUCCCGGAGGAUCAACGCAAAACUCGCGUCAAUUCCGCCUUCUCUUUUCUCUACCUUUUCCUCUCACUGGGGUCCCCGCAAAGCCCUGGCGCCAUUUACACCCUCCGCUCUACAAUCCCCACCAGCGCCGGGCUGGGCAGCAGCGCCAGUGUCUGUGUUUGUCUGAGCGCCGCGUUGCUCCUCCAGAUCCGGACGUUGGCUGGACCGCACCCUGACCAACCCUCGGAAGAGGCUGAGACGCAGAUUGAGCGCAUUAAUCGCUGGGCGUUUGUCGGAGAGCUCUGCAUCCACGGCAACCCCAGCGGCGUGGAUAACACGGUCUCCGCGGGCGGCAAGGCCGUGAUUUACCGGCGCAGUGACUACUCGAAACCACCGACUGUUGUUUCACUCCCCACCUUCCCCGUCCUGCCUCUCCUGCUCGUCGAUACCCGCCAAUCACGGUCCACAGCCACCGAGGUCGCCAAGGUGGGCGCCCUCAAGGCAAGACACCCUGCCGUGACCCAGUCAAUUUUGGAUGCCAUCGAUCAGAUUACUGCUUCUGCGCAACAGCUCAUCGAUGCCCCAGAAUUUGACGGCAGCACAGACGAAAGUCUGGCCCACAUCGGUACCUUGAUCCGCAUCAACCACGGCUUCCUCGUGUCGCUAGGAGUCUCCCACCCGCGCUUGGAGCGCAUCCGCGAGCUUGUGGACUAUGCCGAUAUCGGCUGGACCAAGCUGACCGGCGCAGGCGGUGGCGGCUGUGCCAUCACCCUUCUCCGGCCUGAUGCCAAGCCCGAGGUGGUUCGUGAUCUAGAAAGGAAGCUCGCCAAUGAGGGCUUUAACAAGUACGAGUCUACUCUCGGCGGCGACGGCGUUGGUGUCCUCUGGCCGGCGGUCCUGCGCAACGGGUCUGACGAGGAGGGCGGCGAGGAGAUCGACCAGCAAAAAUUCGAAAAUGCCGAGGGCCCCGAGGGCAUCGAGCGUCUUGUCGGAGUUGGGCUGCAGGAGCGGCGCGAAAGCUGGAAGUUCUGGAAGCGAGUUCCGGCAUAA